GUCUCACAUGGCUCUGAGGGUGGGCAUAGUCUGGACAGCGCACGUCAUCGUCAGACGCCGCCUAUCCAAGGCUCUAGACUGCUUGUUGACAGGGUCCGAGGGAGAGAUAGCUGAGGUAUAUAAGCCACUGACACGCUUUGACCUUGCUGCAUCAACACCACAACACUACAACUUCCAAGUCUCACUAAACUGCCCCUCAACUAAACCAGCAAACUUCAUUACCAAGUCUCAAGAUGCCCGCCUUCAUGGUUACCCUCAAGGACUCCGCUCCCAAGGAGGAGCUCGACAAGGCAAAGCAGCACGUCACCGACCAGGGCGGCAAGAUCACCAACGAGUUCACCCUUAUCAAGGGCUUUAGCGCCGAAAUCCCCGACGACGUAGUCUCCACCCUCUCGUCCAACGAGCACGUCAACGUCGAGGCGGACUCCGAGGUCCGUACGCAAUAGAGCCACUACACGACCGCCGCUGAUGGUUUCACAAAGAUCAAGAUGUGAUGCAAUUGGCGGAAGCAUAGGACAGGAUGCAUGAGCAUAUGAUUUCAUGGGUAUAUAACGAUAAUCAACGGCUUUACCAACAA